AUGCAACAUCAGAAUGAUAAACUACAUUCCCUGACCAGCUCCUUAAAAACGGCAUCCUCUUCAGCAUCUAUAAAUUUGAGCGACUCGUCUCAAACGCAUAACCAGCUUCGGCUUCAGAGGAAAGAGCGUCUGCUACCGCAUACACACCAGCAGAGUUUGAGCUCAUUAUCUUCUAGAGAAAGCGACGAGAUGGACAUUGAGAGGGAUGGCUACAGCGACAAGUUUGAUCUGAAUAGUGCUAAACUGAUACACUCUGGGAAUAACCAUCACCAUAAUACACUCAGUACCACACCAACAAGAUCAUCUUCAAACUCCACGAAGAGAUUGUUUUUGCAACAAAAGACUUCAAAUUCACCAUUUUCCAAUUACUCGACCUCUUCAUCGGGGUCACCUUCAAUGCAUCAAAAUAGGACACCGUUAAAGAGCUUGACCAAUUUUCCCCUUAAUGUAAAGGAGAAGACCAAAGCUUUCACUAAAUCAAUGACUGAAGCAGUCGCCAAAUCUUCACAUUCAUUUCUUGCCAAUUUGCACAUGACUCCAAAAGUCACUGAAUGCACAUCGACAUACGACGAUGUAGAUGAAAAUAUACCUACCGAUUGUGAUUCCGAAAAUAACGACGCACAAGAGGAAGGGGCGGAGGCUAAGGAUGAUUCCGAUUAUGAAGAAGGAGACGCAACUUUUGACACCAUAAACAUUGAAUCACCAGUAAUGCAUAGAAAAACUAAUAGCAUACAAUUAAAUCAAGGACUAGAGCAACAGAAUGAAGAAGAAGAAGACCGCUUCCGCCACCACCUCAACAUGCAUGAUUAUGAAGUGUGGUUACGACUGCCUACACGUGCAAUGGCUAGACCACCUCCAACUACGACUAGACCCAGUGGUAUACGACGCAUUCACUCUGUUUGUGAAACGCAACGCGAAAUUGACAAUUUCCAGCUACACGAAGACAAUUCACAGUUGAAAAACACCAAUAUACAAACAUUUAGUCUGGGCAAUGACGUGUUGCCUCGUAUCAACGAAGAUCAAUUAUACAAGAUUCUUUGUGGGGAACACAACCAUGAGUUUGACGAGUUUGUUAUUGUCGAUUGCCGAUUUGACUAUGAAUAUCAUGGGGGUCAUAUAAUCAAUGCAGUGAAUAUAUCAACCAAAGAAGCAUUGGAGAAUGAGUUUAUCAAGCCAUGUAGCCUGCUGCAGUCUGAAAUACAUGAGCGCCAGCAACACCAUCCUCAACAAAUGGGCAGCAACCUUUCAAACUCCUCAUUGAACAAGGAGAAUAGCAAGAAAAAGUUGCUUAUUUUCCAUUGCGAAUUUAGUAUAUUCAGAGGUCCAACCAUGGCCAAACAUCUCCGCAAGUGCGAUCGAACAAUGAAUCAAAACCUGUACCCCUACUUAUCCUGGCCCGAUAUUGUUGUUCUUGAAGGUGGAUACAAGACUUUUUUCACAAAGUACAAGUCCUUUUGUUAUCCACAAAAUUACGUGGAGAUGAAAGAUAUCAAGCAUGAAGUGUCAUGUGCAGCCAAUAUGAGCCGGGUUAGAAAAGACAGCAAGAUGUUAACGCGGGCCAAGUCGUUUAAUAUAUUUGGUGGUGGAAACAAUAAAGAUGGUGAUCCUUUUGUCAAUGCUUCAGCAUCAAGAUCAACCGGAUUGUCGUCGACUGGUGCUAGCGAACUCUUCAACACGUCGUCGUCUUUGUUACCGUCGUACCAUCAAAGGUCAAAUUCGUCGCAUUCAUUUACUCAUUUCAAUUCUGGUGGUAAAAUCAUCAAGCGUCAACGUUCAAAUACAAAAGUAAGAUCAAUCAGUACUAGUUUGAAUACAAAGUUGACUAGAGCCAAUACUUUUACUUUUGAUCAACCAAUAUUCAACAGCACGUAUCAUCACCAUAGCAACAGCAAUAACACUCAAUCAUCAGCAUCAUCCAUAGUCUCAUUGUCGUCGUCACCUGCAACUUCUCCAUUACUUACCAAUUUCGACUUUAAUGCAGAAGUUGAAAAGGAGAACCCGCUGCGCUUGCAACACCACCACCUGCGCCUGCACCUGCAAGUGCACGCGCAUGUGCAUGUGCAUCCACAGCCACAACAGCCACACCAGCAUCAAUUGCGCAGCUUUUUACCACCGUCAACUUCGUUUCGCAAUCAUCAUCAUUCACAAUCUCAAAAGGGUGCCAUGUCAUCACAGUCGCUAUCUCUGUUGUUGCUGCAGCAGCUGCUGCUGUCGUCAUCUCGCCAUCGUCGUUCAUGCUCGACAAACUUGUCAAUGUUGUCAAAUUAUUCAUCGUCUUCGAUCCACUCGUCAGCGUCGUCAAUUGCUUCGGAAAACAUAUCACUGUCUACGGACUCAUUGAAUGAACCAUACUCCGGUUCGGAAAUUGCAUCUCCGUUUAGGUCGCCGGCUGUGGUGUCUUCGCUGUCGAUGGCACUGGAUUAUUUUCAAAGUAAACGAUUAUCGUCAAAUUCAACAUCGUCAUUGCCUACUGUGCCUCCUUCAAUGUUGAGACCUAUAUCGCGGAAAUCCAGUUCUUUGCAAGCGUCACUCGCUGCAUUAGCGACAGCCCCAGCAGCACAACAAGCACAAACAAAUGAACAGGGUCAAACAGGCUCACCGUCGCCUUCAAAAUCACCCUUCAUCCAAACUAGUUCCUCAUUUCAAUUCCCACUCCCACCACAAAGGAAAUCGCAAUCAACCACCAACGUGCUAACUCUGACAUCACCCACGAUUCCAUCGCCGUUGAAUUCAAGAUCGGCAUCUCAAUCGAGAUCACGAUCGGUAUCGAGGACGAGAACAAGAACUACAUCGAGAUCUAGGGAUGCUCGAGACAGGAGUGGAUCAUCAGUGAGCUUCACUAAAAAUGCAUCAUUACUGCAAAGCCCUCAUUGGGCAACAAGUACAUCCGCAUCGGGAUCAGGAACGGUCGUGCGUCGGUCCAAUAAGGAAAUGCCGGUAUCCACUCCAUUUGCAACUACCGAUUACGAAGAAGACGUGGAUGAGGAUAUCGGUGAUGGUGAUGAUGACGACGAGGGAGAGGAUGACGACAAGGCGUUGAAAGAAGAAGAAGAUGACGACGACGAUCCCAUCAAUGAUACCCCCGUUGAUUUCAACAUUGUGGGGGACAAUAACUCACAACGUCGUCCGGAACCGUACCAUACCCAAGGUUACCAUCACGGUCGCAAAAGGCAUCAUUAUCAUCAACUUGCGUCUCGGACGGGAUUGAGCACGUGGCCAAGCGACGAUCAACUUCAUCAACUCCAUCAACUGCGUAAUCAGUGUAGUCAGCGGCAGGAGGAGCAUGGUUGCAAUUAUGCUUACGCCCACACGCGAAGUCAGAGCAGCAGUAAUAACAGCAACGAUACUAUCGUACAAGGAGGAGGAGUAGGAGUAGGAGUAGGAGUAGGAGCAGGAGGUGUCAGUGAGCCGAAUUCUGCAUCUGUUGCUGGUCUUGGUAAUGGCAGUGGUGUAUUUGGCAACUUCACCAAUGUGUAUUCGGUGGAUGACAUAGAUGAAGAUGAUGAAGAGGAUUGA